AUGAAUGAGCUUCGUAAGGUCUCAGAACAAGUCAUAGAGCAGCCCGGUGGUUCAGAUGUUUGCGGUACGUUCCAGAUCGAGACUCCUGCUACCCUGAGCAUAACCGAAGGUGAUGAAGGGAGAGGACAUAUAAUUAAUGAGGUUCUUGAUGAAGGCGCAUGCCAAUUUUUUCUUCCUAUUGUUGAUGAAGCAGAGUCGAGGCAUACGGCCAAGAGAGGACUUUUCACAUUUGCUGCUGACGGCGACGAUAGAAGCCUCAAUCCCAGUUCGCCCUCAUCAAAGCAACUGCCAUCCAACGAGGCAAGUAAAUCGGCUAACUUAACCAAAACUCAACACCAUCCAUCACCAAAGAAAGCCCGCACCCUCAUCAAAAGACCGGAACCCGUUGUGGAUAUUCUUCGCUCGGUUGGCCAUAAGGGCCAUCCUGCUCGUGAAGAGUGUACGGCUCCUCGUCGUCCUGACUCCAUCGAAGUGAAACUCUGUUCUUCGACGCACCUGGCUCAGUCGGUAGCAGCGACUACCCGCUUUGCGCUCAGAUCAACUGUCACGUCAGGUGCCCUCAGUGGAGAGAUCUAUUCCGAUAGGACUGUAAAGAGCUCUGCAAGUCUGGCUCCAGGAAUGGAAGACAGUAAAGUUGCCACACUCACAAGGGAGUGCAAUUUGGAAGAGGCAGAAUGGCACCAAAUCCUCCUGCCGCCCCCCUCCGACCCGGAGUUUCAAUUCCCUCCAGCCCAUGCAGUGUCGUGUGACCUCCAUGCCGAAGACAAAGUUGCCGAUUCAAUGCAGAAGCUACGCAGUAAUAAGGCGCCCGGAGAGGAUGGCAUUUACGCAGAGAUCUACAAAUCUCGUAUCGACAGUCUGGCUCCUCGGCUUCAUGAGGUAAUUGGACAAGCGUGGCCAGUCGAGGCCGUUUCCGAUGACUGGGGCGCCGGCAUCUUUGUAACUGCCUACUAA